AUGGCAGACAAUCCUCAGCAGGACCAGCAAGACCAGAAAGGUCUCCUCUCAUCCUCAAAUACGCCUCAUACCGGGACUUUUCUCGCGGCGCCGCCAGGUCGGUCAGCGACACCGCAACCAUCUCAAAAAGUGUCGGAUAUUGUCCGAACAUACCGCCCAUCCAAGAGAUUUAAGCUUUCGAAACAUGAAAACUCCCACAUCACGUCACUUGAUUUUGACGACAAAGGAGAAUCUGUCGUAGCGGCAUGUGAAGAUGAAACAAUCCAAGUCUACGAUGUCAUUGAGGGCAAGAAUACAAAAAUUGUUCCCAGCAAGAAAUACGGUGCUCAUCUGGCCCGCUUCACACAUCACUCGCGCCAGGUGCUUCAUGCAAGCACGAAAGUGGAUGACUUGCAUCAAGAGAGUUAUCUUCGGUAUUUCACCGGUCACACAGACAAAGUCACUUGUUUAACGCUAUCGCCUGGAAGCGACGCCUUCAUUUCAUGCUCGAAAGAUAACACCCUCUCGCUUUGGGACCUGAAAUCGCGAAAUGUGCAGGGAAAACUGGAACUCGCAACACCCUACCUUGCCGCAUUUGACCCAUCAGCUUCAGUUAUUGCCAUUGCAUCUCAGUCUACAUCAUCAAUAUUACUGUACGACUUCCGUAACUACGAUAAAGCACCCUUUGCCACAUUUGACCUCGCACCGCUCGAAGAAAGAUAUACCCCUACUACACGUGGAAGACUCUGGUCACGGCUCGAGUUCUCAAAUGAUGGCAAAAACCUUUUGGUCGGCACAGAUUAUCAUGGCCAUUUCGUGUUAGAUGCGUUCGAAGGCAAUUUAAACGCUUUUCUGGUCGGCAAGAAUGGAUCAAGUGGGAGAGCUGCCCCUAUUACCAAUUCCGGACGGCCUCUUGGUCAAGGAGACGCGUGCUUUACUCAAGACGGGCGAUACGUGCUUGGUGGAUCAGGCGACAAGAACGAUGUCCUUGUUUGGGAUACACACCAGACUCCUGAUUCUGGUGCCUACCUACAACCAGUAGCUAGUCUAUCUUCCAGAGGGCGCACUGCUGUGAUAGAAAUCAAUCCCAGAUACAACAUGCUUGCAACUGCCGACAAAGACAUUCUGUUCUGGCUGCCAGAGGACGGAGCCAAAGCCACUGAAAAAUAA